GGUGAAACCGGCUCUGAUUGCUGCUGCUGUGAGGAGCCUCAGAGAGAAACCAUGGCGGUUAAUAAGUGUGUCAAGAAUCUGCUCUUCUUCUUCAACCUGCUGUUCUGGGUCUGUGGUUGCAUCAUCCUUGGAGUUGGGAUUUACCUGAAAGUCACCAAAGGUGGAAACCAGAUUACAGAUCAAUAUCUUCCUAGUUUCGACCUCAUGAUCGCCAUUGGGGUGAUCAUCAUGGUGAUCGGCUUCCUGGGCUGCUGCGGCGCCUACAAAGAGAGCCGCUGCAUGCUGCUGGUGUUCUUCGUCUUCCUGCUCCUCAUCUUCAUCCUGCUGCUGGCAGCUGGCAUCUUGGCAGCCGUCGGGGAGAGCACAGUGAAGAACUGGAUUAAGGAGAAACUGGAGAAAUUGACCCCAAUUGAAGGCCAGAAACUAGAAGUGAUUAAUGACAUGGAGAAACUGCAGCGCGAGCUCAAGUGCUGUGGACUCAUGAUGGGGCCGUCGGACUGGACACAAAUCCCAGAUUCCUGCAAGUGCAACGCCACUGCUCCAGCUGACGUGUGCAGCAAUGGAAUCUAUAAGGACCCCUGCUACGAUAAAAUCAUCAGCUACAUGAAGGAGCAUAUGGAGGUGUCGUUGGGAAUAGCUUUCGCAGUCGCCGCCAUUCUGCUCUUCGGCAUGGCCUUCUCCAUGAUGCUCUUCUGUCAGAUUGGGAGGAAAAACGCUGCCGACACUGCCUGAGUCGCCUCCAAUCAGCCUGUUCCUUCCUCAUAACGUUACCCAACAACAGAGCUAAUGCAGUUUAUUCUGAGCUUUUAUUGUGAAGGAGCAUGUUGCUAUAUCUGUCAGUAUACAUAUCGGUAAGAUGUUUCAGGAGCAGGAAAGAUAAAUAAAUAAAUGGUUGUUUGAUCUGCUUAAUUUUAUUUUUUGGUGAAACUAAGCUCUUAUGUGAAAUUCUUAACAUUAACCAGUGAACUGUUGGUGUUUUAUUUAAAUAGCUGCCUCAAUAGCUUUUAUUGCUAACACUUCAGCAAAACCAAAGUUAAUUGGAUUUGAAACUUUUCUUUUUAAUUUUCUCAUAAAAACCUCAUCCUUAGAUUGUUUUAAUUUUUAUUGCAUUCUAACUUUUUUUUUUUUUUUUUUACUGGGCAACACCAGGCUUCCAUAUAUUGUUGCAUGUGAAUGGUUUUCUCAGGAACUUGUACAGUUCUUUCAUUUACUUUUAAAAUCUGUACUGGCUUGUUUUUGGUUGAAUAUUUUUUUUAUCCAUCUAAUCAUGUAACAUAAAAUGUCUGUUUUCUAUUCAAGAGAAAUAAAGCUACAUACAAAUAAA